AUGGCUGACCAGUCGAUGAAGGUUGUCUUCUCCUCUCUCGACAAUGCAAAGACUCAAUUAUACCACUUCAAGGCCAUAGUUAUCGCGGGCAUGGGCUUCUUCACAGACGCGUACGAUCUCUUUUGUAUAACCGCCGUCGCAAAACUCAUUGGUCGUCUUUAUUACUACGAUCCAACGAAAAACAAACCUGGAGUUCUGCCAAACCAUGUAAACGACGCCAUUACUGGUGUGGCCUUGUUUGGGACACUGGCGGGGCAGCUCUUCUUUGGCUGGCUUGGAGAUAAAUUAGGAAGAAAAAAAGUAUAUGGUAUCACUUUGGUUACAAUGGUAGGUUGUGCGGUUUGCUCUGGCCUUUCAUUUGGGAGUACCACAAAGAGUGUUGUGGGCAGUUUAUGCUUCUUUAGGUUUUGGCUUGGGUUUGGGAUAGGCGGGGAUUACCCUCUUUCGGCUGUGAUUAUGUCGGAGUAUGCUAAUCAGAAGACUCGUGGAGGGUUCAUAGCCGCGGUUUUUGCCAUGCAAGGAAUGGGGAUUCUUGUGGCUGGUGGGGUUGCUAUGAUCGUUUCGAAAUCUUUCUUAAUGGCAUUUGAUGCUCCUGAGUUUAAAGAUGAUCAUGUAUUCUCCACACAGCUUGAAGGGGAUUUUGUAUGGAGAAUAGUGCUCAUGUUUGGAGCUGUUCCUGCUGCCUUAACUUAUUAUUGGAGGCUUCAAAUGCCAGAAACAGCUAGAUACACUGCAUUGGUGGAGGGAAAUGCCCGGAAGGCGGCGGCAGACAUGGCUAAAGUCCUAGAGACCGGUGAAAUUCCUACAAAAGAACCCCAGCUACCGAUAAGCUCCGACUUAGUCCCAGUUAGUCACUCUUCAUAUGGAUUAUUCUCCGGCGAGUUCUUCAAGAGACACGGCUAUCAUCUUCUCGGGACCACAACCACUUGGUUCUUGUUAGACAUAGCCUUCUACAGUCUUCAAUUAGCUCAAAAAGACAUAUACGCCGCAAUUUCACUCAUCCCAAAAGCAACAAGAAUGAAUGCAAUCCAAGAGGUUUUCUUGAUCUCUAAAUCCAUGUUCUUAGUCGCUCUUUUCGCCACCGUCCCCGGCUACUGGUUCACAGUCUUCAGCAUCGACAAGAUCGGUCGGUUCAAGAUCCAGCUCAACGGGUUCUUCUUCAUGUCAUUGUUUAUGGCCAUUCUAGGAUUCAAAUAUUUCAGUUUUCGGGGCCAAGAUACAUGCGAUCCCAAUUCAAAGUACCAGUUCUGUCAUGGAAAGCCUUUCUUGUUUUCUGUGUUUUACGGUCUGACUUUAUUCUUCGCUAAUUUCGGGCCUAAUAGUACGACGUUUAUAGUUCCGGCGGAGCUGUUUCCUGCACGGUUCAGGUCAACGUGUCAUGGGAUUUCAGCGGCGGCAGGGAAGGCCGGGGCGAUUAUUGGGGCGUUUGUAGUGCAGGGAUAUACAAGGCAGGCGAGUAAUAAUGUGCAGAAGGCGAUUAUAGGACUGGCGGUGGUGAAUAUGGUUGGGUUCUUUUUCACUUUCUUGGUGCCGGAAACAAAAGGGAGGUCCUUGGAGGAGAUUUCUGGUGAGGAUAAUGAGCUUGUUUCUAUUGCGGUUGGCGCCGCCGAAGGGGGAUCCAAUAAGAAAAUUGAUCAUCGUGCUGAAGAUAAUUGACUGCCUAUAGCUACUAUAGCUAUAGGCUAGAAGAUUGUUGAG